AUGGCCACUGUCGUAGAGCUCCCAGUUGUCCCACCACCACUCCCUGCGUCCUGGACGCCUCCUGCAGCCUCGGGCAAGACCGUCUCGCCCCUCGUCGAGCGGAAGCUGCUGCCUGCUGGUCAAGCCUACCUCGCGCAUGUACGACGGGCUGUGCACAAUCUCACCUUCGAGGAGCACGACAAGCACACCGAGGAGGAGCAGAAGCGGUUAGCGGCCUUGAACGGAAAUGGUGCCGCAGUGGAGGAUGAUCUCGGUGUCGGCGACGAGGAGGAGGCCAUGGAGCUGUCGCUGCUCGACCCAAAGGAGUGGAAGAAACAAGACCACUACGCCGUCCUCGGUCUCUCGAGCCUCCGCUACCGCGCGACGCCCGAUCAGAUCAAGAUUGCACACCGGAAAAAGGUGCUCAAGCACCAUCCCGACAAGAAGGCAGGUGCUGUCGGGGACUCGAACGACGAUGCGUUCUUCAAGUGCAUCCAGAAGGCGAACGAGGUGCUCAUGAACCCGGAGCGGCGCCGGCAGUUCGAUUCCGUGGACCCGUACUACGACGAGCUCGAGCAGGACACGCCGACGGCUGCGCAGGUCUCGCGUUCGAAGAACCCGGACAAGGCGUUCUUCCAGCUCUACGGGCCCGCCUUCGAGCGUGAGGCGCGAUUCAGCCGAAAGGAGCCCGUGCCGAUGCUGGGAGGCAUCGAUGCCCCGAAGGAGGCCGUCGAGGGCUUCUACGACUUCUGGUACAACUUCGACAGCUGGCGGAGCUUCGAGUAUCUGGACAAGGAGGUCAAUGAGGGCAGCGACAACCGUGAUGACAAGCGGUACACCGAGAAGAAGAACAAGUCGGAGCGUGCGCGGCGCAAGAAGGAAGAUACCGCCCGUCUGCGUGGCAUCGUGGACGCCGCGCUCUCUGUCGACCCUCGGAUCAAGCGCAUCAAGCAGGAGGAGAAGGAGGCACGUGAAGCCAAAAAGAAGAACAAAGGCGGUGUGAACGGUUCGGCGAACACGAAGGAGAAGGUGGAGGAAGACAAAAAGAAGGCGGAAGAGGAGGCAAAGAAGAAGGAAGAGGAGGAGAAAGUUGCUCGCGCGGAGGCCAAGAAGGCGAAGGCCGCUGCUGCCAACGCUGCAAAGAAGGCGAGGCGUCAGCAGCGUGCCGCGGAGGACGGCGCUGCAUAG